GAGUUGAUAAACUAUUAAGUAUUUGGUUAUUUUACUGAUAUGAGUUUUCAAUAAGACAGUUAAAACAUGCUGUUCGUGAAGAUUUAAUCAUUAUUAAAUUUACUCAUAUUCUAUUACAGUACAAAAGUGCAUAAAAUAGGUUAUAUUAUUGUGGUUGUCAGACAACUCACACUUGGUGUAUUAUUUUGCCGUAGAUGGUAUUCCGAAGAAAAAGAUUUAUUACAAAUGUAUCUUCUUUGCUUAUUGUGAUACCCAACUCGCUGUUAACUGGGUAUACAUCAACAAAAGCUCGCAUACUAAAAUUCAGUUCAAUAAAUACUCAUCAAUUGAAAAUGAGUAGCAGACAUUUGCCUAAUCCAUAUAAAGAUUAUUCAGAAGGAAAACAAUGUUCAAUCAUUAAUAUUAAUGGAAAUGACAUUUCUGACGAGUUUAGAGAAAAACUAAGUUCUGGUACAAAAGUCUUGUUAAAAAGAUUAGAAGACAAUAAGAGACAGUGGUACAGCCUAGAAGAUACUUCACUUUAUACUGGAUUACCAGGAGUUGCUUAUACUUUUUAUCACUAUGGAAAGUAUUUUGAAGAUCAGAGUUACAUAUCUAGAUCUACAGAACUGGUUGGAAAAUGUAUUGAGAAGCUAAGAGGUAAAAGGCAUGUGACAUUUCUGACUGGCAAUGCUGGACCACUUGCAUUAGGAGCUGUGAUGAAUCAUUUCCUUGGUGAAAAGGAAGAAUCUAAGAAUAUGAUUUCUAAGUUGAAAUAUUUAUCUUCUUAUGCUAUAUAUGAAGAUGGCAGUGGUUUACCAGAUGAGAUUCUUUAUGGCAGAGCUGGGUAUCUAUAUGCUCUUUUAUUUGUUAAUAAGCACAUGACACCUCCUCCUAUCGAGGACGACUUAAUCAGACAGGUCAUUAAUUACAUAUUAAGUUCUGGAAAAAGCUAUGCAAAAGCUCAUGGCAUCGAAUCUCCCCUUAUGUACAUGUGGCAUGAUUCUGAAUAUCUUGGUGGUGCACAUGGUUUAGCUGGCAUACUGUAUUUGUUGCUGCAGGCUCGUGAAUUUUUAACAGAAGAUCAACUGAAAACUGAAGUAGAACCAUCAAUUCAGUGGUUAGAAAAUCUUAAAUAUCCUUCUGGUAAUUUCCCAUCAUCUGUAGGGAGUACUACUGACAAACUAGUGCACUGGUGCCAUGGAGCACCAUCUAUGACAAUGUUAUUUUGUUUAGCUUACGAGAUUUUCAAGAAAGAUCAGUAUCUAAAUACGGCAUUGAAAUGCGGAGAAGUUAUAUGGGAGAGAGGUCUCCUUAAGAAAGGUUGUGGAAUUUGUCAUGGAGUUGCUGGAAAUGCUUACUCAUUUCUUAGUUUGUAUCAACUGACCAAGGAUCCAAAACAUUUGUACAGAGCUUGCAAGUUCACAGAAUGGUGCUUGGAUUAUGAUGCUCAUCAGACUAGACCAGCUGAUAGACCGUUUUCGCUGUUCGAAGGUUUGGCUGGAACUAUUUAUUUCCUUGUUGAUAUGCAGAAACCAAGUGAAGCCAAAUUCCCAGGAUACACCUUAUAGAGGAAAAAGCUGCAUGUGUAAGAAGAAUAAUUUUCAUCAUAAUUAUCAUAUCAAAAUUAUUUAUUUUUAGGAUUAUAAUCUACCUUAUUGUAUUGCAUUUUCAUACAAUUCAUUCUUAUCUGUAAGGACAAAACAUACAUAUAAAAAUGUGAUAGUGUUCCAAAAUGUUUGGUCACCUCGUAAUAAAUACGAUAUUUCGAAAUA